UCAAAGGUUUAUGGAAGCCCGAUGCGGCUCAGCAUUUGGUUUAUUAAGUUAGUUCCCUAAUCCUGUUAUUCUCGGCAAUCAAAUAAUGUUUCCUUUCUUGGUAUAGAGUGCUUUCUGCCCCCACAAUGGAAAAUAUUGAAUCAAAUCGUGUUGCAAAAUAUGGGGGUCAUCGUUAUGGCAGAGGCACCGUGUAUGUAGGAGCUUGGAACACAAAGGGCAAAAGGCAAGAAGAGGGUCAUUUAGAACUUGCUGAUGGAACUCGUUAUGGGGGGUACUUUGAUGACGGGCUUUUUAAUGGAAUGGGAGUUUUGAGCUUUCCGGAUGGUUCAAAGUAUGAGGGCGAAUUCCUAGAAGGAUGGUUUCAUGGAAGUGGUAUUUUUUGGAGAUCUGAUGGUAUGAGAUAUGAGGGAGAAUUUAGGGGUGGAAAAAUGUGGGGUUUGGGUCUAGUUACAUUCAACGAUGGUACAAACGGGUUUCCUCGAAACGAAGGGUUCUUUCAAGAUUGUAAGCUUGUUAAGAAAAGAAGGUGUCCAGAAGCGGUCCAAAAAGCUCAAAAAAUAGCAUUUAUGGCAAGAACCCAGUUUGAAAAUGCAGUUAAUUAAA